AUGGCGGGAUCUUUGAUGUCCGGCUCCUUCGACCCCCCCGCCGCCGAUCCCGCCGGCGCCAACCCCUCCCGCUACCCCUUGCGGGUCCUCCUCGACAGCACAGCCUACUUCGCCGACCGCGACAACGCCACCACCGUGAAUGGCACGACGAGCACGGGCCACGAAUUCAAGGUGACCUUCUGCCUCGCUGACCCGCCUGCCGUCUCUUACUUCUGCGUCCACUUUGCCGGAAAGGCUGCAUCCGGCGGCAAGAGCAUCAUCCAAAGGGUCCCUCCUUCUCCUCCAGCAUACAAGCACCAGUGGCUCUCGGCAGUCGUGCCACGCGAGGGCGACAAUUUCUUGGUCGCUGAUCUUUCCCCGGGUGGGGACCUUGGGCACUACAUCCUGCGCGUCUUCUCGUCGGAGACGAAAGAGUGGAGCACCAAACACCUACAGCUGCAGGUGCCCUCGGAUGUCCUGCCACGGGACCUGCUAAGCCAAACCGACAAGGUGAUCUCUCUCGGAGUAAGCACUGUUGGAUGGGUCGACCUCUGGCGUGGCAUCGUAGUCUGUGAUGUGCUUCAGAAGGAUCCUCUUCUCCGCUUCGUCCCGCUGCCCAAGGCCAAUGUGCACUCUGAAAGCCAAUCAUCAACGCGGGAUGUCACCGGCUUCCCCAAUGGUUUCAUCAACUUCAUUGAGAUCGAAAGUUGUUUCAGAUGGGGUAAGUUUAUCCAGCUGAGGAGUUUCAAGACUACUGCAUAUCUUGACUUCCUAGAUACCAUCCUUGAUACCGAGCUCCUCCAGCAUCAUGAAAUGGACUCUCUGUAUAAUGAAAUUAAGACUGUACCUGAUGGCUGGAAGAUCCGAACAUGCUUUAGGAGCAUUUAUUGGGACCAUUGGAGAAAGGGGCACACUGUCCAUGUUGAUGACAUAUCAGCCGACCCACAUCAUGCUAUGAUGCUACCUCACCUGUGGGAUAGUAGAACUCAUAAAUGCAGAUUGAAUAGACUGAAGACUACACCAGGCUACCCGACCUUCAGCAUUUAUGGUAUUGAUUUUGUCUACCUCAUGUCUGAAGUGGGUGUUAACAAGAAGCCAUGGAUGCUUGGUGUAGAUAUUGAAAAGAAGUCUCUGGAUGUUAUCAAACCAUAUUGUGCCUCAAGAGCACCUUGUUCCGAUCAGACCUUCAAGAACACCUUCAUUUCCUGUGCAUUCUCUGCAUAUCUGAAUGCUGCUCCAAGUCCAAGGCCAUAUGAUGAGGAAGUUUCAGCAGAGUCUGCUCACAGCGGUGCAAUGGAUGAUCAUCUUCCGUCGGGCAAUACUGUUCCAAAAGAUGUGCAAACCCAGCAAAACACGUCGAAUGGGGAUGACUCUGGCAAGUAUCAUCCGCCAACCCACUUCAGCCACCCAGUUUGACACAAACUGGGCAGCCCUCGUCAUCUUCAACUUCAACUCAAUUAGAUGACUUCCGAAGGAUGCCCUAUCUAUGCCUCGAUUGCCAAUAGUACCUUGCACCGUGAAUGACUUAGACGGCUGUCCUCGACCAUGGCCAACAGCACCACAGGAAGCCAUUUUCAUCUCUUGCAAAUCGCGGGCAGGUGGAAUAUCAUGGCUGAUGUCCUGGAAUGUCAACAAAGUGCAUGCUCUUGCAUCUCGAUGCUGUGCAGCCAUGUCCACAUACUGCUACCACCGUGUGUUGUCAUAUCAUGGAUGAUGCUUUAAAACAUUUGAAUGAAUACUUUAAUGUAUAUAGAUGAUGUUAUGGACCUUAUUUG